UUCGCUAGAACGGUUGCCUAUCAAAUACUUUUGCGUUACCCAUUGGCUCGCUGGGAUUUUAUACCACCCACCGGCGUGUUAUAUAAAAUUAAUUCACAUUCCUCCAUCUUUUUCGGUUCCUUGUGGCCACCUGUGUCCCCACGCAGAAAUCUCCGUAUAGCUCUCGCUCUCCAGUUUAGCCUGCUAAAAUGGCAAAACCAAGAGUCUUCUUCGAUGUCACCGCUAACGGUUCACCCAUAGGCCGGGUGGUGAUGGAGCUUCACAACGAUGUGGUCCCCAAAACGGCUGAGAACUUCCGUGCCCUCUGCACCGGCGAGAAGGGCUUCGGCUACAAGGGCUCCUGCUUCCAUCGCAUCAUCCCAGAGUUUAUGUGCCAGGGUGGUGACUUCACCAACCACAAUGGAACUGGUGGCAAGUCAAUUUACGGCAACAAGUUUGCUGAUGAGAACUUCACCCUGAAGCACCUUGAACCUGGCACCCUAUCCAUGGCCAAUGCUGGCCCAAACACCAACGGCUCUCAGUUCUUCAUCUGCACAGCUAAAACGUCAUGGCUUGAUGGGAAGCACGUGGUGUUCGGGAAGGUGGUUGAGGGGAUGGACGUGGUAAGGAAAAUGGAGGCAUCAGGCAGCCAGAGCGGCAAAACCUCAAAGAAGAUCGUCAUCGCCGACUGUGGGCAGCUCUGAGCGCCACCACUUAACCCUUUCUGCUUGCCACAUCCCCUUUAGGCUCCACCCCAUGCAUUCAACAUUCCUAUUGCUGGAGAUUCAACUGACCCCUUGCCGUCCCCUUUUUUAUUCUGUUAAACAUGUUGCUGCAUUUGUGACUUUGCCUUUUUGAAGUUUCUUUUGCAUUAACUUUUUCCACAAAGUCUAAACAUUUUUUUUUUUGGGUUAAGUCAAA